AUGAGCAUCAAAGGGCAGCGUCGCAUGUCGAGUUUGCGCGACGGCACGCCUGCGUAUCCCCAUAUUAGUGUGCCUGACCAGCACUUGUAUCGGCACCUGAGCGACCAGAUGCCGCCGGUCGUUCGCAUGAAGAUGCUGCUAAACUGGGCGCUGCACCGCUCAAUGGCACAGGCACUGGGCGAGGAGCCGAUGCCCAAGCCCCCCGGCAAGUCGAGCACGCGCCAGAAAGAGCUGGCACUUUUAGACGACGUGCCUGCGCGCGUUUCCGGCGUGCUGACGGACCAAGAGACCCAAAAGUUUGCCGAAGCGGCGCCCAUGAUCCGCAAAGUAAUUGAUGAUACCCUACGCGACCUGAACGAUGGGCUGAUCGGCAUUAGUUGGCUGCACCAGUCACGAGAGAAAGGCCAGUCGCUGCAACCGCAUCCCCGCAAUGAGUCAAACAAGCAGGCGUCGGAGCAGCGAGAAGGCAUGCUCGCGCUGCUGCGCGACGAGCUCGCCGCAUGGGAAGAGCAAGAGAAGGACGUGUACCGUAUCCACACCGAAGCCGACGCGCUCGACAAGCUCCACGCCGAGGUGCGCGAGCCCAAGACGCGCCGCAAAGGCCGCGCAAGUGCGGCCGAUGAGCUAGACGAGGACCAAGGUAUUUCGCGCGAGAUUGAGCUGGCGCUUAUGGGCCAGGUGCCCGAGGACGUCGUCGAGCGCGAGCUUGCCUGGACGGUGAGCGACCUCGAUGCAGAGACGCGCGAGCAGCUCGAACUGGCCGAAGAUGUCCUGCGUUCCGUCGACGAGUUGCAGGAGGCUGUGGUGGCAAAGCGCAAUGGCUCGACGCCCGCGACGCAAGUGCGUGGCACCGAGUCCGACGCACGGCUCGACGCGCUCGAGUUUUCUGUGGACAAGAUUGGGAUGCGGCUGCAUGCGAUGGCGCAGCUUGACGAGGUGGCGCAGGCUUACCUCGGCCAAGUUGCGACACGCGCAUCGCAGGCGCUCCAGGAGCGCACUGCGGCAGGCACCGCGUCGUUUGCAGGGCUAGGCUCGGUCGACGGCGACGGCGAGCAGGGGUCGGCAGCAGCGCAGGAGCGGCUCGAUACGGUUCUUGCUGGGAUCCGCGAGCCGAGCGAGGCGGGUCUUUCGGACGCACCCCAGGCGCCUGCGGAUACGCGCGACCUCUUGCGUGCGCUCGCACAGUCGCGAAAGUAG